UGGAGACAAAAGAAGAUGGCGACUGUGCGCCAUGGAGGCGAAGUUGUCAGUUUCAAACUCAGACGUUACGGUGUUCUGCUUGAGGAAGCCGACAUUUUUAGUCUGGAAAAAAGAGGUCCUUAGACGAUGGUGGAGAAACUGCACAAGAAGCUGCCUAUGGCAUGUUCACGCAGGCUUUUGUGGACACCAACAACGCCAACUUCAACUGAGAGCUGGAGCCUGGACUUCAGUGACUCACAGAAGGCAGCACACAUAACCACAGGGUUUUCGCUGGAGGCUCCGCCCCCACACCUGAGGCACAGGGAAGUUUGCACAUUGAUCAUUGCUGUUAUCUGUCAAAGGAUGACUGACAACAUGAAAAAUGUGAAGAAGUUCAACUGAUCACAAAACAGUUUACCUGAGGAACUACUGCAUGAGACAGCUUCAAAGAUUGUCUGGUAAUUUACAGAACAUUAGGUCCACUCAGGUGAGAUACUGUGGUAACUUUUCCUUUCGCAGUUCCUCGAUAAAUACUGUCAGAAUGGACCAGUAUUUCUCUUCCUUCUGCAGCAGAGUUCAGUCAGGAGAUUUAAGAUGGCAAUCUGCCAGUGCAUCAAUGAUGGACCUGAGGAGUGAAGACGUAUUUAGUGUUGUGUCAGCUCAAAAUCAAAAUAUACUAUGAGGAAUACUGAAGUGUAGACCUCACAGUUUGGGACAGAACUUGCACUCGCUUCAUGAGUGCAACCAGCAUGGAUUACUUCUGAGUAGCUGCAGAAUUUAUGUUGGUGCAAGCCCUCUUUGCAUGUUUGCAUGAGCAAAAACAGAUGUAUCUUUCAUAUACAUCUUAUAACCUAUAUUAUAUACAUAGGUUGCUGUUGCUUUCUGUCAAUGAAAACAUGUGCACUCAAUUACUUUUGUAAACAGAGUGGGUGAACUGUUGGUUUCUGAAAAUAGCUGGCUAUGUUUAAACCUAUAGUGUCAGUCCUGCUUGAGAGUUGGACUGCGACAUGAAAGAGUCUUCCACAACUUGGUCUUGGUUGCAGUUUGGCUGUUCCUCACCUAGUUUCAAGCCUCCUCCGCAGCUAUUUCUCUGUCAGUUAAUGACUGUUCAACAUUUAUGAGCAUUAGAACAUGUUAAUAAUUGCUUUUACCUUUUAAUGUUGUUGGGUUUCCAGAGGAUAACCUGUGAAGAUAUUACGUCAACAAUAGAAUGAUGUCCUUUUUUUCAAGGAUGUAGCAUUGCCAUUUCCCCUUUUCACUCUAAUAAAAUGGUGUUACCACACUUUUUUCAUGCACGUUGAUCAAUUUUCACACUUGACUAACUACCAACCCUCGUUCGUCCUCAGUGCGAUGAUGUAUGAGGAAGAGUGAUUUGUAAAAACAAUGUAUGGCUCACAGACUAGUCUGUUGUGCAGUCGCAUUAUUAAUGUGCUCACAUAGAGUACUCAAUGACAGGAGGCAAUACCCCAGUCUACACUUGCUGAAAUAAUAAUCAGUCUUUCCAGGAUUUCACUGACUGUUAUCUGUUUUGUCCUUUUUUCAGCCGAAAAUGCCUGAUAUGCAGAUUUUUUUUUUUUAAUCCAGUGAGAGUUGCCGUCUUGAAAAAAUUAGUUCAGUUUUUUUGUCUUUGGUCUGUAAAAGGAUAUAGACAGCAAAGAUAACAAAAUGUGCUCUUUAAAAAAAAAGAAUGAGUAUCUCAAGUGCAAAGAACACACACAAUAAAUGAAAGUGCCCCCUGACGGACGUUUGAAAGAGGUAGUGUGCACGUGAGAGACCAGAAUUGUUCAGCUGCUAAUUAAUACAGCGAAUUAAAACAGUAAGUGGCGAUAUCACAUACUACACAGGGUCAGGACUUAGAGUGUCAGAAAUGAUAGCGAGAGAUGGAUCUCACGGACAGCCAUGUUUUUUCGUCCUCCCCGUAUAGUGACUGGGUGACGGCACACUGCUCUAGUGAGUUCCACUUUUUAGUUCCAUCUAAUACAUAUUUAAAUAAACACAAUUUGGACAUUUACGAAUCGAGUCAAAAUUGUUCACAUGUGAAUCGCGACCCUUAGCGACAAUAUUCAUGAGCGUUUGGCGAUGCACACCACUUAAUCUCAACUCGGAGUCGUGAAUAUGAUGACGCACAUGCUGCGGAGAGGGGUGGGCAAAGGGAACUAGUGCUUGGUGGAACUUGCAGGAAAGACGCAGGGAUUGGACAAAAUUGCGACGUCUUGCAGAACUUGCUGGGAUUGGUUAAAUCACAGUUAGCUGUUGCGAUUGCCACUUUGCAAUUUCCUUGUGGCACUGGACUAUUGUGACUGCUUGCUUUACCACACAGGCCUGUUUAUGUGCAGACGUGAGCCUGAACAGCUUUGCAGACAUCUUGUCUGUCAGUGGGGUCUUAGUGUGAGGCACAAAGCGCUGAUCAAAGUUUGAUGUGGAAUGAGUGUUCACACUGCAGUGGUGCCAAAGCAACCCCCUCGCUUGAAACCCAGUCAGUUUCCAAGGUCAUUUGAUGUUCUUGUUUGCAAAUCUAUUUUUGUGGCAUGUUAAAGGGUGACCAAGUGUCUCAGAAAUUCAGGACAGUCUUGACAUCCACCACGUUGUCCCAAAUCCUGUCCACACCUUUACUGUAGCUUUUGUUAGUAAAGCACUUCUUAGAAAAAAGAGCUAGGAGAGUUGGAAAUGGAGAAUUAUAUGGCUUAAAGCGCCUCCAAGCCGUCCUGUAAGGAAUUGAGAAAUGAAGUGCAGUAUGAGUCCACUGUGAGGGGGAUAAGUAGGCGGGAAUAACAGGCAUUCGUGUAGGCUGUGGAGGAGGAGGAGGGGGAAACCAGACUGAUCCCACGUGUGGUGGCUGGAAUCCCGGUCUCCCUGACAGCGCAGCCCCGCUUCUCUUGUCUUCUCUGACGGGGUCCAAGCUCGGUGAAAUAUGGAGCUACAUGGGGAGCAAUUAACAGAAAGCCAGUCUGAGACACAGCAUGACCCAGGGAAAAUGUUUAUCGGCGGUCUCAGUUGGCAAACCUCACCAGACAGCCUUCGGGAUUAUUUUAAUGGCUUUGGGGAAAUCCGAGAAUGUAUGGUGAUGAAGGACCCGUCAACGAAGCGGUCAAGGGGCUUUGGCUUCGUCACCUUCAUGGAUGCUGCCACCGUAGAUAAAGUCUUAGCCCACCCUCACCAUGAGUUGGACUCUAAAACAAUUGACCCAAAAGUUGCCUUUCCCAGACAAGCUCAGCACAAGGUGGUCACUCGCACAAAGAAAGUAUUUGUUGGAGGGCUGUCAGCCAGCACCGAUGUUGAUGAUGUGAGGCUAUAUUUUGAGCAGUUUGGCAAGGUAGAGGAUGCCAUGCUCUUGUUUGACAAGUCCACUCAUCGGCAUAGAGGUUUUGGCUUUGUAACCUUUGAAAUCGAAGAUGCAGUGGAAAAAGUUUGUGACAUCCAUUUUCAUGAAAUCAAUAAUAAAAUGGUAGAGUGUAAAAAAGCCCAGCCAAAAGAGGUGAUGUAUCCCACCGGAGCACAAGGCCGAGCAAGCGGGUUGCCAUUUGCUGUGGAUGCUUUAAUGCUGGGCAUGCUGAGUUGUCCCAAUUUUGUAUCAUGUGGCAGAAGCUACGCCGGGUUCACUCAGAGCUACACUUACCAACUCCCUGGUUUUCAUGCAGCAGCAUAUGGACCAGUAGCAGCAGCAGCUGUGGCAGCGGUUCGUGGCUCAGGUUUAGCUGAUUAUGGAACGUACUCUGUUGCUGCGGCCAGCAGUGACGUGAGAGGAGGGGCGCUCUACUCCCUGGACUGUGGCUCCUUCAGGCAUCAGGCUCAGGUCCUCACCAGUGAGCCUCCCAGCUCAACCUGCAACUCUCCCAGCUCCCUCCAGCACCACCUGCCCAGCCCAGAUGCUUUCAAGAACCCAGGAACCAGCCUGACCCGACCCGGGGCUUACCCUUGUGCCGAGAGUCCAGCAGCGGAGCUCUACAGUAGCAGUGCUCUGGAUUCCAGUAGCUAUGUUGGUCCCAGCAGCAUGCAGCAUGGCGCUUCCUUCAGCCACAGCCUGUCUGGUCCACUGAUCGCAGCUGCCUAUACUCAUGGAUUCCACUGAACCCAGCGGUUGUCACAUCACUCGAGGUGUAGCCGACCAGCAAUAACAACCUGCAGCACCAGCAUGGUGGGAAUGGAGCAGUGAGUUUCUGGCAGAGGACCAGGACCACACGGAUCUACAGCGCUUGUCUGUCGUGACCCUGAAUGUUACGUGUUGUCAACGUGAGGUUGCCCCUACUGGACUGAGCACCUCGGUUUUACCUGCACAUUUAUAUCAGCACAGACUCAGCUGACUGACCUGGAUCAGACAGAUGUAGCACCCAGUCAAACCCUGUGGUCACCAAAUCUUCAGUCUUGGCAAUAAGGGGACUUUUUUAAAAUGUAUUGGUGUUUAGAUUGUAAAAAAAUAUAUUUAUUAGUGUGGCUAAAAUGCAUAAUACUUUGCUGUGGUUGCAAAUAAAGUCGGUUGCUAGUUGUGUCGUUGUUGAGACCACCUAACCCGAUACAGAGUCGAGACUGACACCAGAGGAUGCAGAGAGCAAGUCCAAUGAGGGGCCAAGACUGAGACCAAGAGCUAACUCAAUACACACCCAUUUAUUUCUCACUGUAAGAGAAACGGCAGUCCUUUUUUUGUCAAAAAUAAUUCAGGAAAUGAAAUACCGUCAUUGGAACAACCUAUUUGUUUCUUCUGUAUUCAUUUUGGCCUCAGUCUUGGUCUCAACUCAGUCUCGGGUUAGGUGGUCUUGACUGCAACACCAGUUCAUAGAGUAUAAAUGUUCUAUAAGUGAGAGUCCAAACCAUCAAGUAGGUGUAUGUUGAAUAUCGAUCUCUGUGUUUUCCAAAUUCAUUUGGACCUCAGAUCACAUGGAUUCGAGGAGCUGCCUCAGCAUCGUGAUGGAAAGCCAUUGGUACGAUAUAUUCUAUGACAAAUGUCAUAUUAUGUCCAAACAUGGUUACAAGUAAUGCUGUGAAUAUUAGUACAAUAAUGCUCAGUCAUAUGUGGUGAGAGGAAAACUGAAGGAAGCUAUUGGGAGAACCUCCAUGGUGACCAUCACAUCGCACUACGACCAAACCAGCCAUCCAACUUCACCUCAGCUACUCACCAUCCUGUGUGAGAUGAACCGCUGUUGUAGCUUCACCACCUUGACUACCUGGUGCGUUAUUUUCGUGACAGUUUCCCGUGAAUUUAUUUGCCUUUGACCAACACGAACACAUGAGGCUUGUUUUGCCAAAUCUCAAGUGUAAUACCAUUUUUGUUUUUUAAUGUAUUGGUGUUGAAAAACUGUAAAUUCAAAGUGUGUAGCGAGAUGUCCCUUGGCAACUCUGUAUAAGAUCAGAGGUGAUUACAGGAUAAACUGAAGCCUAAAUAAUUCAACUUGCCUUCAUCUCAACUGCAUGACUUUGAUCCUCUGCACUUGGCCAUUUGUCCACUAAGGUCACAUAUAGGGGCCAUUGUUACAUUACCACAGAAAAUGUGCAGCUCGGUAUCAUGUGGUGGAAGAGUCUCGUCUUUACUGUCUGUCGUCUAUUGACAAACUUGCACUGAAACGCCAGAGUCAUUCUGUUUUGGUAAGCUGAACACUUUUGUUCAAGUUUGCAAUGUCCCUGGACGACACCACAAGUGAGCGUAAAUGAUCAUUUCCAGCACAGAUUUGUCUGUUUCACUUGCUAAGAUCAAGCAACAAUCAGAGCAAUGAAGCGGAAUGUUGAACCUUACGUUUUUAAUGACCACUGCAGUAAAUAAAUGGGUACAUCAUGAGCACAGCUUAUUUACAGUGUUGGAUCUCACUGUACGUUUGACCUGUGCCCUGCCUUUUACCUCAUGAGGCAUCCGUUAUUCUUUGGCCGAAAGCUGAUGCCAUCCCAUCCUCUUCUCUUCCAGCGUGAGCCUCCACAUAAUCAUGGUGGCAAGAUGAGAGUCCCUCAUUCCAUUAUCUGCCCAGUUCGGGGGGUCUUUGUUACACCUGGUGGCGUAUCACUGUGUAUGCAAGUCAAGUUAUGAAGGCGUUUUUACUAAGAAAAAUACAGUAAAGUGAUGCCACUCCCCAAAAACCUCCCAGAAAUAUGUGCCCACGCACAGCCUUGACUUUGUGAUCUGCUGAGACCCCCAGUUUGUGACCGAUGCAGGGAAAUACUAUCCAGCCAAGUUAAAUGAGUUUGGAUUUCCAAUUUUUGUGUAAAUAAGGGAGACCAGGACCUUGAAAAGUGUCCAUGCAGCAACUUGUGUGUUCAGUCUUGGUUGUACAGUAUGGACACUGUUUCAUGAAACCCUUCACUAUUCGAGGGCCAGUGUCACACAGAGAGUGGCAAGAUCUGCUGGGACAACUCAAUAAAGUUAGGAUUCAAUACACAGUAGUUCUUGUGUUUCACACACUGCUGUCAGCAAAACACAUCGGAUCUUGAAACGUCUGUAUCACUCUCAUGGGUGGAACAGCCAUGGUGAAAUAAAAGGAAUGUUACUGCUCAUUCUAACCCACUAAACACAAACAACAUGACAAUUUAACGUAACCAUGUGACUGCAACCACAAAAGGCGAUCAGUCAGCAUCAGUGGCACUGUGCAACUUUGAACCUUUUAGGAGCAAAUUGUGUUUAAUUUUCAUGACUUUCGCCUGCAGCAGCCGGCACCUUCCUCUGAGGUGCACUGAAGAAGCACUAAGAUCUAACGUGGUAACAGGAACAGGGAAGGGCUACUUUGAUCUUUACAAUAGCUUUAAACUAAAGGCAUGAAUGAUAUUGAGCUAGUGGUGUAAACUAGAGCAACAGCUCCUGAAAAAAAGGUUUGCUGAAUCAGGUGCGGAUUAAUGAUCUGGCCCACAAUAAA